AUGGCCAAGAGCGGGAAAGGCCCCAAGGGCAAGAAGAUCACCCUCAGUGUGGCCAAGAAUUGUAUCAAAAUCACAUUUGAUGGGAGAAAACGCCUUGACUUGAGCAAAAUGGGAAUUACCAACUUCCCCAAGUGUAUUCUGAGACUCAAUGAUAUAGAUGAGCUCGAUCUUAGCCGGAAUAUGAUCAAGAAGAUUCCCGAUUCAAUCUCCAAGUUCCAGAACCUGAGGUGGCUGGACCUGCACAGCAACUACAUCGACAAGCUCCCAGAGUCCAUUGGCCAGAUGACCAGUCUGCUCUACCUCAAUGUCAGUAACAACAGGCUGACCACCAACGGGCUACCUGUUGAGCUCAACCAACUCAAGAAUAUCCGCACGGUGAAUUUAGGCUUGAACCAUCUAGACAGCGUGCCCACCACACUGGGUGCACUGAAGGAGCUCCAUGAGGUGGGACUCCAUGACAACUUGCUCACCACCAUUCCCACUAGCAUUUUUAAGCUCCCCAAGUUGAAAAAGCUCAACACACAACGAAACCCCUUUCCUAAGGGGGAAGAGUCGGAUACGUUCAUAGAUUCUAUCAAGAGACUGGACAACUUACAUCUGGUGGAGGAGAAGGAUCUCUGUGGGCCUUGCCUGAGAAAAUGUCAACAGGCUCGGGAAAAACUGAACAGAAUCAAGAAUAUGGCCAUGACAACACCGAGAAAGGCCAUCUUUUCCAACUUGGUCUCACCCAACUCCAUGGCCAAGGAGUCCCAGGAAGAUUGGAGGUGA